AUGGACGAAGUUUUGAGCGCAAACUACUCGGUGCUUGAGCUGUUCUUCGAGUUGGCCAUGCAUCUGGAGGCCCAGACUUCGUGUUCUAUUUCGGUGAGGUUGAAUGAGCCUAGUGCUGUAAGGGCUAUGCUUAGCGCAGCAAUACCGGGGUUAAUGGGUGAGGAAGAAAAAGACGAAGAUGGGGUUCCGAUCGAAAAUGAAGAAUUAGAGUCGAGUUUCCACUUUGGGUCGGGGCUCGGAGGUGUAAAUGAGGGUCCGGUGACAUCAGAAUCGGUUAUUGUGAACCAACAGGGCGUGCAAUUUCUAGAGGAAAUGGAUGCAGAGGUGUUGUCGAAGCGGGUUUUGGUGCUUAGCAGAAGAAACAAGGUUAGAAGUGCAUUGGAGUUGUUUAGGUCAAUGGAAUUGGCAGGUCUGCAUCCAAAUGCGCAUGCCUGUAAUUCUCUAUUAUCCUCCCUUCUGAGGAAUGGUCUUAAUGAUGAUGCAAUGAGAGUUUUUAAAUUUAUGAAGGACAAAACAAUCACCACGCAGCAUACUUAUAGCUUAAUGCUUAAAGCGGUUGCACAUGCUCAAGGUUGUGAUUCAUCUCUCAGAAUGUUUAUGGAAUUAGAAGCGGAAGGAAAUGGGAAUAAAGAUUUUGAUGCCGUUGUUUACAACACCAUUAUAUCCAUUUGUGGAAGGAUGAAUUAUUGGCAAAAGUGUGAGAGGCUUUGGAUGAGCAUGAAGGAAAAUGGCCUUACAGCAACCAAAGUCACUUGCUCCAUAUUAAUCAGCGUGUUUGUCCGUUGUGGUCAAUACGAGCUGGCGAUUGAUGCUUAUGAGGAGAUGGUUUUAAAUGGAUAUAAAGCCAAUGCCAAUAUAUCGCAAGCUAUGAUCAAAGCAUGCACGAAAGAAGGUAGAUGGGAUUUGGCACUCAACAUCUACCAGGAUAUGUUGAGCAAUGCACUCGAGCCAAAUCUGAUCACAUGCAAUGCAUUGAUUAAUUUGCUUGGCAAAGCUGGAAAAGUUGAGUUAGCAUUCAAGGUCUAUAACCUUACGAAAUCUUUUGGCCACACUCCCGAUGCUUACACAAUGAAUGCACUUGUUAGUGCUUUGUAUCGGGCAGGCCGGCCAGGCGAUGCUCUUUGGCUCUUUGACAACAUAAUGAGAGAGCAGCCCUCUCAGCUCAACAUUCAUCUGUACAACAAUGCUUUGAUGUCUUGUUCUAAACUUGGGUUAUGGGAUAGAGCUCUUCAACUUCUUUGGAAGAUGGAAACUUCUGGGCUAUCAGUUUCAACGGCAUCUUGUAAUCUUGUCAUUAACACUUGUGAGGUUGCAAGAAAGCCAGAAAUAGCUUUGCAAGUGUAUGAACACAUGAUCCACAAGAACUGCACUCCCAAUAUGUUUACCCAUCUGUCGCUUGUAAGAAGUUGCAUUUGGGGAUCUCUCUGGACUGAAAUAGAGGAAAUUCUGAAGGUUUCACCAAAUGCAUCUCUAUAUAAUGCUGUCAUUCAAGGGAUGUGUUUGAGGGGCAAGAUUGAUUCUGCAAAGAUGAUGUACACAAGAAUGCGUGAUAAAGGGCUUAAGCCUGAUGGAAAGACACGAGCUUUAAUGCUUCAAAACUUACAAAAAAGUUAGCUAGACAAGAGCUUCCAUUAUGACCUGAGAGCAGAAUCUUCUAGCAUUCUUAGCAAAAGCCAACACUGAGAAUAUGGAGGACAUCUUGCGGGAGGGAUGAUUUUUAUAUGCAAUUGAGUUUUGAGAAAGUUGGAAAUUAAGAGUGGUUAUGCAUACUAAUGAUUUGAAACCAGUUCAAGAAGAGACCAGUAUGUCACAGCAAAAACAGAUUCAUAUACAUCAAGCAUAUUUUACAGUUUAUGUGCCGAUUCCAUUCUGUUCUUUUCAACAACAUUUCUCUCUCUAUUUUGUAACUUUACAGAUCAAUGCAUAGCUGUGUGUGUGUUAUAGCAUUUGGGCUACAGAAGAUUAAAAGUUUCAAUUGCAUACUGUUACCAUACCAUGACUCUAAACAUUUCAAAGGGCAUCAUUCUUGAAGGACUGAAAUACUUAGCUCUGUUACAAAGUUUUCUUUUGUUGCCAUGAUAUUAAUCAUGAUUUUUCUUUUUUCUCUCUUUUUUUUGUGCCUUCCUGUAUAUGUUGUACUUUCUGAGGUUUUAUUCUUUCAAUAGCUGGGAAAAAGCUUUGUAAUUUGCUCACAUGAGAAGGCAUUGUUGCUUUUCAACUUAUGCUGAAAGGUUUGUCAGGGUUAUGGCAAAAAUAAACUUUCCCUACGAGGUGUGUACAGAGGUUGGUUUUAUCUUUCUAGGCUUUACUUGCAUUCCUAAUUCAGGGACAGUGCUGCAGUUUCCUAUGAUUUAACUUCAAAUUCCUGCUCUCAUCCUUUCUGGGUUUUGUUAGCUUUCGAGGCUCGCUAAUGCUUGCAAUGGUGAAGUUGAAAAAAAAUUUCAAGACUUGAGGAUUAAGGUUAUGGAGAGAUGCCUAUUGGUUCUGCAACAACUAAAGCUUAUGUACAUUGAGAAGAUUUUUAGUGUUUAAAUGUGUAAUUACUCUGCAUACUGAGUUGAUUACAAGGUUGCCUCGUGCUGAUGAACCUUGCCUGUUGGAAAGUUAUUAAGUGCUGAUAAGAUU